AUAAUUUUCUUACCUACACCAACAAUACAAAUAUCCAACUAUUAAAAAAUUAUUUAUGUGUUGUUAAAAAAGUAAUUAAUAAUCUCCAAUGCCCAAAAACUAUUAGCACCGCACCGUCAAAUACAAUUCCCGCUCGAUUUCUUCACAACCCUUUUUACAUCUUAUCUCCAAUUAUAUCUGUAUACUAAGUUUCCCUUCUUGUCUCUUUUUGGAUCCAAAUAUUUCUGGCUGGUCUUUGAUUUGGUUAUGUAGAAAUGUAUUACUUGUGGUUCGUUUCUUUGGCAGCACGGGAUUGGAUUUCAUUGAUUCUAUUCCCUUAUAUAUUCUUUUCUUUUCCAUUUUUAGAUUCGAUCCCUAUCAAUGCACUUCUGGGUUUUGAUGUGUCUUUCCUUUUCUAUUCUUUCUUUCCUUCUCAUGGGAAAAAUUGCUUUGUCUGUAAUGUACAGUUAUAUAACAGUGUCAAUACAUACAGAUUCCUGGAAUAUUUAGAUUGUAAAUUUUGUAUCGCCCAAGGUUCUAAUCACCUUUAAGGUUUUACCUAGUAUGGAGCACUCGUCGAUUCAAGUGGGAAAUACUAAUGAACAAAAUGAUAGCAUAGGCUUGGAAUUAGAAGAUUUGACCCUUUCUGAUGGAGAAAGUGGCAGCUCUGGUGCCAAUUCUGGUCAGUUUCCAGGAUUCGGUUUGGUUCCACUUUUCGAGGGAGACAAUAUCUAUGAUCUUAUCAAGCGAAGGUUCCUUUCGGGUUUGGGUUCACUUGGCAACGAAACAACAGUUGCCAUGGUUCACAAGAACACUUAUUGUAGCAUAAUGGGGCAAGCAAGGAUGCAAUCUUUUCUAACCUUCACAAAAGCAACGGAGAACAAGUGCUGUGGUGAUCCAAAUGUGAAGUGUGCUUGGUUUGGCGCUACAGUCGACGAGAUAUGCAACACCAUGAAGAAUGGUUUUGAUCGCCAGAUUAAUGACAAUAGUGGAUUAUAUGGCUGUGGCAUCUAUCUUUCUGCGGAUGAUUCUCUUCUUCAAACUGUGAAGAAUUCGAGGGUUGACAAGGAUGGUUUAGGCCAUUUGUUGUUGUGCCGUGUUAUACUGGGUACUACAGAGGUUGUGCUUCCUGGUUCUGAGCAGUGUCAUCCGAGUUCUGAGGAGUUUGAUUCGGGGAUAGACAAUUUGUCAUCUCCCAAGACGUAUAUUGUGCAGAGUAACCGCAUGAACACUCAUAUUUUGCCUGAGUUUGUUGUUAGUUUCAAGGCUCCUUCUUCUUUGAAAGGGUUCUUCAUGAAGGGAGAACCUGCAGGAAUACCAACUUCACCAUGUAGGAUGUCAUUUCCAGGAAAACAAAAUUUCAAGGCAAGAACUUAUACAGCGAGUGAGACAAAUUGUAGGGGACGAGUUGUUGAUUGCUCUAAUCAAAUCCUUUAGAACCAAGGUAUAGCAGUUCCUCCAUGGGCCUUUUUUUUUAAAAAAAAAAAAA